GGUGGGUUUAGCCUAACCCUACAGCCUAACUCCGUUGGGUGUUUCUGUUGCGGUUAUGCUUGAAUUCAUUUAGGUUUUGACAUAUAUACAACACACCCUACCAAAAAACAAAACUAUGCACAAGUGGGUCCAUUCGCCAGAAAAAAUCCGCCCCAUUUUAAAAGAGCUGAAAUCCAAAGGCGAACUAUCCAGUGCUAUCCACUCGGUAGACUGUCAUGGUGAUGCACUGGUUCAUUUCGCAGCACGAGCGCAUUCGUUAGAGGUUUUGCGUAUUAUUGUCAAUGAAUGCAACGUCGACGUCAAUGCGCUUAAACGUGGCGACUGGACACCGGCAAUGAUUGCAGCAUUGAAGGGUCGAUUGGAUGUGGUUAAAAUCCUGGAAAAGGCAGGUGCCAAUCUCGAUUUAUGCAAUAAGGACGGACGAACGGCACUUCAUCUGGCAAUUCAGCAUGGACAUGUGGAAACCUCCAAAUACAUUGCACAACGGUCACCCACAUCAAUCACUAAAGCAACCAAGUCCGGGCGCCUACCGAUCCAGAUAGCAGCAGCUUUAUGUGAUUACGGACCCCAAGUUUCGUAUGAUAUCACCACUUUUCUUUUUGACCACGUGAAUGACAGCAGCAGCAGCAGCAGCAGCAAUAGCAGUAGUGGUAGUGGUAGUAGUUUGGCACAUAGGGAUAAAUCUGGACGGGGCCUUUUGCAAGACGCGGCUGUGUCACAAAAUCUGCCAUUGGUACGGUUUCUUUUGGAUAAAGGAGCCGACCCCAACCAAACCGACUCGAUCGGUCGGAACGUGAUACACCAUGCUGCCAUGGUGGGUCAUCUGGACGUACUUGAACUCUUGUUUGAUGACGAACAAAAUCAAACAACUGCAAAGUCCAAAGAUAUCAGCCAUCAGAUCGUUGCGGUCAACGUCGAUUGCUGGGACGUGCCUGACAGAUGGGACGAGUGGACGCCAUUAAUGCAUGCAGCCCGUCAGGGACAUUUUCCCAUCGUUGCGUUUCUGGUGCAACAUGAACUAGCACGACGGAAUCGCCGGGAUAAACAAGGCCGGACAGCACAAGACAUCGGUAAGCAACGGUUUGUCUGCGUAUAAUUUAAAUUAUAAUAGAGAGAUCGUGAGAUUUCCUGAAAAAGAAAUAUUUGUAUAACCUAUUUUCUUUUUUGUGUGGGGUAAAAAAAAACACCUAGCUGGCAUAUGGAACCAUCAUGACAUUGCCGACUACUUGGUAGUAACAUGAUGACAGCGUGUAUAAUUUCAUUGCUCUCCUUUUCUGUCUGUAACAAGCAAUGUAUCAUAUUUUUGUAAUAUAUGAAAAAGUCGCUACAAAGCAAUGGAGUUAUUAUUUUGCAAGUAGUAGCAUAAAAAAAAGUACAGUGCAAGAAAAGGGUUGAUUGCGUAGCACACAAGGCGUCAUAGCUUGGGGUUGGUGAAACUGAUGAGGACAACAGCGUUUGGCCAGAUACUACUAGUGAAAAUGGCAUA